UCUAUUCAAUCCCUUUGCUUUCUCUAUAUCAAUUCUUUAGGGUCCAGUCCCCAAAAGUAUUGCCACAAGAACCAAUCAAAGCAGGGAAGAAACCAAGAUAAACUACCCCCUACCUAUAUUUCAUUUUCCCUUCUCUGCCCUUCCUUAGUUGUCUCCUUUCCUACAGAAAGAUUGAGUCCACCCCAAAGUCAAAGUCAAAACUAAUCUCUGGAGGUAGUUUCCGAAACUGCCUUACAAUUCAGUUUACAUUUCUGAAGCUCCUACUGUAUGUGUGCUAUGCACUGAAUAUGUACUGUCCUGUAGGCUGACAGGGACCCAGAAAGUGGCACAGCUAAACAGUCAAAAUGCUCAGGAGACUUGAGUGUGUGUGUGUGUGUGUGGGGGGGGGGACUUGCAGCUCCCUGCUCGUCCAGCGCCCUGCGCCCCCAUACAGUACCAGUACUAGUCCCCCAUUUCCGUCCUGUUCCAGCCCAGGGAGCUGCCCAGCAGGAACUGCCCUGCGUGGAGAUAUAGGCGCAGGACUUUAGGCGCCUCUUUUUCUCUGCCUUCUGGCGGCGCCCAGAAGAUGUGUCCUUGAAGGGUCCUUCUUGCUCCGACUAGACUGGCACAGUUUCCCAUCCAGGAUGCUCAGCUCGGUGCAGAGCGGCUAAGUGAGAGGCUCUGCUCGCUGCCCGCUGCCCGCUGCCCGCUGUCCCCUGCCCCGGCGCGGGUGCAGCCGCCCCCGUCCCCGCGAGACUGACGGCUCGGACCCGCCUCGGACCGCAGCCCGAGCUGCCACCGCCGCCGUCCUCGGCUGGGCCGGGCCGGGGCAAGGCCAGGGCAGGGCCGAGGAGGACAGGCCAGGAUCCCGGCUGGUGACUGGAGGAGGCUUUUCCUACGUCUCCCGGGGCGUCCCCGCCGCUGCCUCUGGACGCGAUGCUCCGCUGGAUGCGUGGUUUAGUGCUGACAGCAGCUGACGAUAGCGAUAACGGAGACGAGGAGUCCAACCGCCGCUAUGAAAACCUCUUCGUGCAGCUGGACCGCAACGGGGACGGGAGGGUGGACAUCACCGAGCUGCAGGAGGGUCUCGGGAAGAUGGGCAUCUCUCUAGGCAAAGAGGCCCAGCAGGUGGGCAAAGACAAGCCGGAGAAAGGCAGGGAUGGGACGGAGGUGGGCAAAACCAAACCCUUUCCCCCAAGAUCUAGCGAAAGAGCCCUGGCUAAGGAUUUUUUAAAGGUUAGUGAUGCUAACCACGAUGAGCAGCUAGACUUUGAAGAAUUUAUGCAGUACCUUAAAGACCAUGAGAAAAAAAUGAAGUUGGCAUUUAAUAGUCUGGACAAAAAUCAAGAUGGAAUGAUUGAAGCCUCAGAAAUUAUCCAGUCGCUCAAGAUACUAGGCAUAGAUAUUUCUGAACGACAGGCAGAGAAAAUUCUUCAAAGCAUUGAUACUGAUGGGACAAUGUCAGUGGACUGGAAUGAAUGGAGGGAUUAUUUUUUAUUUAACCCAGCAGCAAACAUUGAGGAAAUCGCACGGUAUUGGAAACGGUCUACUGGGAUUGACAUAGGGGAUAGCGUAACUAUUCCUGAUGACUUCACAAAAGAGGAAAGAGAAUCUGGCAAGUGGUGGAGACGCCUGCUGUCAGGUGGGAUAGCUGGGGCAGUCUCGAGAACCUGUACAGCACCCCUAGAUCGUCUGAAAAUCAUUAUGCAGGUCCAGGCUGCAAGGUCGAAGCACAUCCAUUUUGUUGAUGGAUUUAAGCACAUGGUGAGAGAAGGAGGCGUCCUAUCCCUUUGGAGGGGAAAUGGUGUGAAUAUUUUAAAAAUUGCACCAGAAACGGCUAUUAAGGUCUUAGCCUACGAUCAGUAUAAGGCAUUGCUUACUCAUGACAGUACCAAAAUUAACAAUAUUGAGAGAUUUGUUUCUGGUUCUUUGGCUGGAGCAACUGCACAGACUUUAAUCUACCCCCUAGAGGUUAUAAAGACCAGGUUGGCUCUAGGUAGAACUGGACAGUACUCAGGGAUGUUCAGUUGUGCCAUGCAAAUCAUGAAGAACGAACCCCUUGGAACUUUUUACAAAGGCUAUAUCCCUAACUUUCUAAGCAUCCUUCCUUAUGCUGGUAUAGACUUAUCCGUCUAUGAGAUUUUGAAGAAUUAUUGGCUAAAUAACUAUGCCGAAGACUCUGUAAACCCUGGGGUAUUGCUGUUGCUGCUAUGUAGUGCCUCAUCUAACUUUUGUGGUCAGUUAGCCAGCUACCCUCUGAACCUGGUGAGAACGCAAAUGCAGGCCCAAGAUUUCCAUUGCUGGUGUGCCACAGCCUCCUCACACUCACUGUGCAGUAUCCCGUGGCCAUUUGAAGCUUUCGUUCUUCAGAGGCUGUGGUAUUCCAUGACUCACUGCUCAGCAUCCCCACCAGAAGAAUAUGAAUAUUACAGAGAUAGCCUUUUAUUUGCAGAGUCAUUAAAACUGUUGUGUAAUUUCCUGAAUGCAAUCCAGCCCACUCUGUUCCUCCCACUUACUUCUGAAUUCAUUUCAGUGUCUGGUCCAAGAUAAAUGCAUUGAUGAGCAAGCUCUCUGAGUUAACCAGCCAUCCAACUGCAUAUCAUAGCCUGGACAACAGGCAUUUCUAGCUAGCUUAACUAAGGUGUGGAGAAGGCAUUUAAUGGAUGAUUAAUAAUGAAGCUAAUUCAUCCUGACCAUUUCCAAUUUUAAAAAAUUAGUAUUAAUAACUAAGAUGAUAAGUACAAUAUAUUCCUGAAACAAGCUUGAUUUAGAGAAGCAGUGCAAUGUAGGGAAUAUAGAAGGCUGGGUUUUGGAGUUAGGAGAACCUGACUUCAAAUUUGGUCUUUGACAGGUACAAGCUCUGUGACCAUGGCCCAAAUCACAUAAUUUCUCAGCGCCUGCGAUAACUCUUUAAGACUGAAAAUUACAGUCGAUUGUUGUUCAAUCAUUCAAUUGUGUCUGACUCUUUUAGACCCCAUUUGGGGUUUUCUUGGCAAAGAUACUUGGAGUGAUCUGCCAUUUCUUUCUCCAGAUCCAUUUUACAGAUGAGAAAACUGAAGCAAGCAUGGUAAAGUGACUUUCCCAGGGUCACAAGAGCUAGAAAGUGUCUGAGGUCAGAUUUGAACUCAGGAAGAUAGACUUCCUGACUCCGUCCUGGCGUCCUAUCCACUGCAUGACCUAGCUGCCUACUAUAGAUUUACUAAUCUGCAUUAGUGGAGAAAAUGUCCACUAGGGAUUCUCCAGACAGAUAAAAUCAUAGGUCUGACCAAACAAGUUUUAGUUUACAUGACCAAUUUUCUAAACAGCCAUCAUUUUCUUUCCAAAUAUUUUGAAUAGGACUUAGAAAAUAUCGACUAGUUGAAGGAAUCUCCCCAAACUCAUGCCAUUAAGCUUGAUGGCUCCUGAUAAAGUUUGUUAUAAAGUAUUAGAUCAAUUAUGAAAGUCCAGUUAUAAUAAAUAUUUGUUGAUUUGAACUACUUUCUGAGUUUUUUGAAACAGAGAAAUAAUGCAUCUGAAACAUUUUAAAAUGUUACUUUUGCUUUCAUGACAUUAUCCCUGAUAUAUACCUCUAUUCAUCUAUAACAGAAGACUUCUAGGGACCUAAUUUCAUACUUUCAACUCUUUCUCUGUACUUUGAAAUAAAAAUCCUGAAUGGUAGUGCAUAAGAUGCAGGUUUUGAUUGUUUACUAAAAGAUGCAUGGGAAUGGACAACUGAAUUAUCUGUUGAAAUUUUUGUCUUCAGAAAAGUGAAAAUAUUUGUAACUUCAUUUGUUACCAUACCUCAAAGAUAUUUAAUUUAAUUUGUAAGAAAUGAAAAUGAUUUAUAUGUAAUUGAUCUAUCUGGACUUCAGAUUAGUCUCU